GCAAUUUGCAUUUGUAUGCACAUUGUUGUUCAAACGGGCGGCUAGAGGGCGUGGACUUUGGCUUGGUUUCCCUUGUAAUUGCUUCAAACGUCAUCAUCACAGCCUCUUCUUGCUCCGCAACUGAAUGCAUUCAUUGCUGUUAUUGUUGGAAGGGCAGCGCUUGGCUUGGUUUAGCCCUAGCUAAAGUUUAUUAAAUUUGGUUUUGAUUUAGCAGUCAAUAUUUGUAUUCAGUUUCGGCAUUGUAACAAAAUUUUACAAUUCUAAGCCUAUUAGAUAAUCCGAUAGAAUGAACAGUGUAUGGCGGGAAAUCGGCUUUGCCCGCACGCAUAAGCCAAAGAAACAUCUGCGAAUAGUUCGGAUCAAGAAGCGCAUUGCCAAGGCAAGGAAAAUCUUUAAUGAAAGGCAAAAUGAAUUGAUACAGCUUCAUUUCCGGAAUCGAAUGAAAAGUUUAAUUAUCAAAUAUCUGGAGAAUAAAUUAGAAGAUUACAAGAACAUGAAGAGGAUACACAAGAGCUUAAAGUGAUUGUCAAGAUGAGUCAUUGUAGAAAUAGUAAGGGAUCUGAUUAAAAGAGACAUCUUCAAACUUUAAUUUCAAAGAUUAUCAAGAAAUUACCAAUUAUUCCUGCUCUGAAAAUAUUUCACACUGAAUUAAACAAUUUUCAAAUCAAAACCAAGCGAAAGCAAUAGAUAAAAGCCAAAUCAAUUUCCUUUGUUUGCCACACCAUUCGGAUUAUGAAAAUUUGAAAUAAAGUUUCGUUUGGCCAGCGACCACAAAAUCAUUUUGAAACUGAGCUCAAUAAAAAUCAAAGCCACUGUUAGAAGCAUUGCAUUGAAUGAUUCGAAGAAUCCAAGCCAAAAUGGAAAGUUUCACCAGCAUUAAUAAAUAUUUACAGGCACGUCGCGUCCUCUUCAAUGGAAUGGCCUACUGGGCAGUUCCAGUCUCAGUUCUGGCAAUGAAAUCAAAUCAAAUAUGCGCGCUGACGCUUUAUAUAUCGCACCAAGGAGGGUAGCAUCGUAGUAACAUCGUUCGCUUUUGGUGUGCUCACAAGAAUUUAAAUCAUCCGACUUACAUGCUACUUACAAGCCAAAGCGCCUAUAUGUAUGCCCCAUAAAAUGCGAGCAAGACCGAGUGCAGAAUGGGCAAGUGGAAAAAUGUCAGACAAAUCACUGCGAAAAAUCUAGUUUCUAGUUUCUUAAGAGUGUAAUAGUUUGAUCAGAAUUUGAAUAUCAUACUCGUACUAAUGAUAUGACUUUCAUUUUCUGAACUUAUUAUUGCAUUUUCUAGAUUUCCUAUGUAUAAACCAUUAGUCAAAAAGUACGCAAUGGAAUUAUAAUACAUUAGCUCGAUGAACUUA